UUCGGCGGCGGACGCUGGGAAGCGAGGACACCCAGCGCGCGGUCUGCUUCUGUUGGGUUCUUCGGCGGCGUCCGAGAGUGUUGGGUCUCCUUCUGUUGGGAAGCGAGAGCGGAAGUUCAGGUGGGAUGAAGCGGAAGAGAAAGAAGUUAAAAGAAUUUUUAAGAAGAAAGCCGGUGAUCACAUGCAAAAUGUGAUUAAUAAAGCAAAGAGAAAGCAAGAAAAGCCGGAUUUUAUUACAGCUGACAAUUGGACGGAAAUUAUGAGAACUUGGGACACUGAAAAGCAUAAGCAAAUCAGUGAAAUUAAUAAGAAGAAUCGAGCUUCUAGUUCUAGUGAAGGGUCUGCCACAUAUGCUGGGGCUCUAUCAACAUCGGGGAGCGUAGAAAAAGAAUGGCAGAUGAAUUGGGGACGGAACCAACAUUUAUGGCUACAUUUGAACGCACCUUUCAGAAAAAAGAUAAGACAUGGACUGGCAAUCGAGCAAAAGCUAUUAAGGACAAAUAUGAUGAACUUGUAAUGACCACGGCUGCUGCUAGUGGUGAUGGUGAUGGUGAUGGUGUUGCUGCGUCCGAGCCAUCGGUUGACAGUAUGGCAUUAUGGAUGGAGGCAUCGGGUGGAAUGAGAAGAGGUCAAAUAUUUGGGAUGGGAUCCUUGUCAAGGAUGUACAGAACGCCGGCUGCUGCAACUUCAUCCUCCAGUGCGGCUUUUUUAAGGGCACAACACGAGGAGCGACAGGACCAAGCAUUGAACCGCCUGAGACAAUUACUUGUACAGAAGGACGAAGAAAUGAUAGGAGUGAAACAACGUUUGCAAUUGAUCAUGCGACACCUCAACCUCGAAGUUGAUGAAGUUCCUCCUGUACCUCCCACUAAUCCAGUAGGUGAUGACCACAAUGAUGAUGAUAAUGAGAUUCCUGAUGAUGAUGCUGAUGAUGAUGAUGAUCCUUGCUAGUUUAAAUUUCCAAGAGGUACUUAUAUCUUUAUGCUUCUGCUGUUGAAUAGAUGUGAAAAAAUUACCAGGGGUUAGGAGUUUGAUAUUGUGAUGUUUGCGCUGCAGAUGGACAGGACUUCGAUUCUUGGAGAACACUAUAGACAACGUGAAAGAACUUCUUGGCAAGAUCAACAGUUUGCCACAACAGUUUGUGAACUGGCUAAUUUAGAACUUUGUUUCAUUUCUUUCUUUUUGGGGUUUGUUCUUGUCUUGACUGUGAUUUUCUAUCAAUGUUAAUUAGAUUUCAAAUCGAAA